CCCAUAUCCAUCACUAAUUCAUGACGCGGAUAUUCACACUCCCUUGCUUACCUCAUUGCCCCCCUCCCCCUCCUACGAGUAAUAAAGUCGUUCCGUAGGACGCAUUGAUGGUGAUGGUGACGACUUGAUUACCUUAACGGUCCGGUAUACUGCUUCACAUUGAUCGAGGCAUAGAUAUAUCGGUCGCCGUAACGCCACCAUCACAGAGCCUUAUCCAUCCGAUAUUCAUUGCCAUACCAUUUCCUUUUCUUUAUUAUAUUAUUAUAUUAGGUACAUAUACAUACCUAUAGAUAUCUCUCAUGAGAACGUUUAUCUCCUUCGCGCCCCGCACCUAAUCUAUACUCUCUCAAACGAAGAUUAUAUCUUUCCAUGCGGCACAACCCUCCGCCAACAACCAAAGAAAGCACAAUAGGUAGAAUUUUCUCAGCGCUAUCGGAAUAGGAACUGGCAACUCGCAAGACCAAGCGGCUCGAUCGCAAUCAUGGCAUCAACACCAAUUGAACACCCCACCACGACGCAAACCUUGCCCUCGAAACAGCACCCCAUUCCCUUCUCCAUCGCCCCGAACGGCACACGCACUCAACUCUCCUCCAUCCUCCCGCCUCUGAUCUUCGGCACCGCAACCUUCAACCACCAAUACAACACCGACCCCUUCGCCCUCGACACCACAGGCCUUACCACAUCCGCCCUUACCCACGGCAUCCGCGCCUUCGAUACAUCUCCCUACUACGGCCCUUCUGAACAACUCCUCGGCACUGCCCUUUCAACUCCCUUUGUGCGCGAAACUUUUCCCCGAGAAUCCUACCUCCUCCUCACGAAAGUCGGCCGCAUCGCCUCCUCCACCUUCGACUACUCCGCCCCAUGGGUCCGCCAGUCCAUAUCUAACUCUCUCUCCCGUCUCCAGACAUCCUACCUUGACCUCGUAUAUUGCCACGACGUCGAAUUUGUAUCUCCCGCUGAGGUCCUGACCGCCGUCCGCGAAUUGCGUCGGAUCCGCGAUGAGGAGGGCACGAUUAGAUAUGUCGGCAUCUCAGGCUAUCCUCUCGACGUUCUGUGCGAGGUAGCGGAACUCGUACACCGCGAGACGGGCGAGCCGCUAGAUGCAGUUCAGUCGUACGCGAACUUCACGCUGCAAAACCAGCGGCUGGCGGGGGAGAAGGGCAUACAGAGGUUGAAGGCUGCCGGGGUUGACGUGGUGCCCAAUGCGUCGCCGUUAGGGAUGGGACUGCUAAGAAGGCAGGGUGUGCCCGUGGGGUCUUUGGGGGAUUUUCAUCCCGCGGGGAGGGAGUUGCGCGCGAGGGUGAGGCAAGCGAGCGAUUUUUGCGACAGGCAUGGUGAAAAACUGGAGGUCAUCGCCAUACGCUGGGCGUUGGAAUCGUGGAUCUCAACCGGAGCCUUGUGCGGCUCACAUGGCGACCCUGCGUCCGGUGUUCCAUGGAUGCGAGAGUCGAAUGACGAUGUUGGCGGCGCGAAGCUAGGCGUCAGCGUCAUCGGCGUGUCGAAGCCUGAGGAGUUAGAGAAGACCAUGUUAGUCUGGAGGAGCAUACUGGAUGGGCUUGAGGGUGGGGAGGACACGGCAGUGAGGGCAGGACGGUGGUAUCGUGCGUGGGAGUGGAGUCGGAACCGAAGGGUUGCUGUACAGAUUCUCGCGGAAGGGGUACAGGAGAUCCUGGGCGAGUGGUUCGAUUACGCUUGGGAGAGCCCUGGGGAGGGGUUUGUAAACGAUAAGAGGACCCAGUCCAUUACCACACCCGCCGCUACCAUCAUAGAGAAGGUCAACAAAGAUGGCGCAGAGAAUCCGUGGUUAACUCCUGCAGCGAGUCCUGCCGCCACACCUGUCGAGGGCGAUGAGGUUGUCGAGAAGAGCUUGCCUCUACGAUGACCCAUGCCUUUUCACACUUCGUAUUUCCUUGAUUCUUCCUCCUUCCUGUCUUCCCCUUCCCUUUCCCAAUUCACAUGAUGCGUUCAUUUAAGGUCUGGUUUGGCCUGGUUUGGCCUGGUUUGGCGGAUGUCUGCUAUAUAGAAUAGGGUCUGAUACACGGUUGGUAGGAUAUGCACGUAACUAUGUGAGCAACUACAAGACGAAGAAACGUGGAACAUUGUAUAUCGAGUCUGUGGGGGCACAUAUUUACUCCCUCAACCCUCGGCCUCCUAUCUUUUCGUUAUCACCACCUGGAGAAAGAGAGGGAGAUAAUGUAUAUGUGCGUUUGUGAUUUGUAGACUCGUUAAAUAAUACCGAUGUACGAUGUUGCGCCAUGCAACAUCUAGAUGCCUUUUAGUAAAAUAACACAAGGUGAAAAAGUGUACAACAUAAGCCUAGAGUAAAAAGGUAUGCUUAUUUCCAUAGAUUCAUAGCACGA